UCAAAAGGGGUGACAUGCAAACAAAUCUCACUCAUCGAGGGAAAACCCAAAACCCUAAUUUACUUUUUCGUCCACAGACAGAACGUGCAGAAAUGGUGGUGAGGCUGAGAUUGGCGAGGUUGGGAUGCCGGAACAGGCCAUUUUACAGAGUAAUGGCUGCCGAUAGCAGAUCUCCGAGGGACGGAAAGCAUAUAGAGGUCUUGGGUUACUUUAAUCCUUUGCCAGGCCAAGAUGGUGGUAAACGAAUGGGGCUUAAUUUUGAGCGAGUGAAAUACUGGCUAUCGGUUGGUGCACAACCCUCGGAUCCGGUCCAACGUUUGCUAUUUAGGGCGGGGAUACUGCCGCCACCACCCAUGGUGGCAAUGGGGCGGAAAGGUGGGCCCCGUGACACACGUCCGGUGGACCCGCUGAGUGGACGUGUCAUGAUGCCUGACCUACCAACCAAACCUAGUAUUGAAUCCGGUGAUCAAGAAAAUAAAUCUUAAACUUCGUGAAGAGAAGAAAGAUAUGGUGGUAGUUUUAGGUUGUUGGGUUGGUGUUUCUGGUUAUAAACAUUUUGUAGUGAUAUGAAAAUCAUACGAGGGAUAAAUUGAAUCUUUGGUUUUAAAGAUUGUGUAGCAAACGAUCUAUUAUGUUGAUUUGAAUUACUAUGUUAAGGUGGCAUUCUUGUUACAAGGAG